CUCUCUCUGAUAUUAUGUUUAUAGGCUCUGGAGUAGCCUGCGCUACACUCGGAUUGGCAGUGGAAACGCAGCCGCUCUUACCCUUGAUUAUACUGUAAGAAACGGAGAGAGGGAGUAAGUGAGGGGAAGAGGGGAGUCAGAGCCCCGACAUGGCCUCUAAAGAGACCACCGCUGCAGGUUUCAUUAACAUCAACAGGGAAAUUACAGAGAGCAUCAGGAGGCUCAUUGAUAAACAAUCCAUCAAGUUUCUUGGAGCUGUGAAGCAGGACACCAAGAACGGCAAAUUGGAGGACAGGAUACUGGUUCUGACAACAUGGCGACUGUAUCUAUUUGCUGUCAAAGUCCCCACCAAGAUGGAGGUUACUUUCAACUUCCUGGAGAUUCGAGCCAUGAACACUUAUCCAGAAUAUCAGGUUGUCAUAGACACAGACAAGUCCACCCACUCCUUGAGACUGCAGUCACAAGACCAUCUUGAUCACAUGAUGAACCAUAUCAACUUUGCCCUCUCACGAAUAUUCAACAAUUCUAUGUAUGCUCCAGCCAUCUGUCGAGCAGAGGGAGAUGUCUCUGAUGGAGUCCUCAAGUUUUCACCAAACUCCGAAUCAUCUUUAGAGACCCAGAAAACAUGCGGUGGUUUCUCUGAGACAUAUGCUGCUCUGUGUGACUAUAAUGGGAUUGGCUGUAAGGAGGAAGUGCAGUGGGAUGUGGACACCAUCUAUCACUCUCAGGACAACAGGGAGUUCAACCUGCUGGACUUCAGCCACCUGGACAGCAGGGACCUGGCGGUGAUUGUGGCUUCCAUGGCAUACAACACGUGGUUCACCAAACUCUACUGCAAAGACAUGCGCAUAGGGUCAGAGGUGGUGGAUCAGGUCCUUCACACAGUCAGUAAGUCCAGCAGCCUGGAGGAACUCACCCUGGAGAACGCUGGCCUCAAGUCAGAUUUCCCUCAGAAAAUGGCGACUGCUUUGUCAGAGAACCCCGCCUCAGUGAUCCACUCUCUUAACCUGGCUCACAACACCCUCGACAACCAAGGAGUUUCAAAUCUCAUUCAGCUCGUAUGCCGUCUCAACAAAGGCCUUCGUCUGCUCAACCUCUCCAAGACGUCCCUUUCCUUCAAAGGUGUGAUGUCUCUAUCCCAGGCUCUCUGCUCCAGUGAUGACUACUCCAACUCUCUACUUCACCUGGAUCUGAGCAAGAACCCUGGGAUUCUGUCUGGGGAGGAUUCCACUAACAUGUACCUGUUCUUAGCACAGCCAAACUGUCUUGUUCAUUUGGACCUCUCUGGGACCGACUGCACAGUGGACAUGUUAUUUGGUGCUCUGCUAAGAGGAUGUUGCGCUGAUCUCUCAUACCUGAAUCUCUCCAAGAACUGCUUCUCACACAGGAAGGUGAGGGAGACCCUUCCCGUCUUCAGGCAGUUUUUCAGCUCAGCCUUUAGUCUCACACACGUCAACCUGUCUUCUAUGAAGUUUCCUCCAGAUACUCUGAGGGCGCUGUUUCUUGGCCUGUCUUCCAAUCCUCACAUCAGUGACCUGCACCUGGACAUCAGUGGCUGUGAGUUAAGAUCUGCUGGUGCUGGGGUUCUCCAGGAGCUGUUUCCUAGAGUUGGAUGCAUCAGCACUCUGGACAUCUCAGACAAUGGCUUGGAUGCUGAUUUGCUGGGGGUCAUCCCAGCCUUCUCCAGACAUCCGUCCCUCAAACACUUGCUGCUGGGCAAGAACUUCAACAUCAAGGGCAGGGUACUGGAUGAAAUACUGCAGAAGCUAGUGCAUCUAGUGCAGGAGGAAGAGUGUGCCCUCCAGUCCCUGUCCCUGGCCGACUCACGCCUGCGCAGUCGGGGCACGGUGCUGGUGAAUGCUCUGGGCAGCAACACCUGCCUGUGUAAGGUGGACCUGAGUGGGAACUGCCUGGAGGACGCGGGGGCUAAGAUGCUCAGCAAAGCCCUUCAGAUCAACACCACGCUGAGGAAUGUAACCUGGGAUCGCAAUAACACCACGGCUAUGGGUUUCCAAGACGUGGCUCGGGCCUUGGAACAUAACUUCACUAUGCAGUACAUGCCUAUUCCCCUCAGUGACGUCACACAGGCAUACCGCAGCGCGCCUGAGAAGACUGAACAAGCACUGACCAAGAUCCAGCGUGCUCUGCUCAGGAACAAUCAGACCCAGAGGUUCUCCCAGAAACAGGCUCUGAGGCUGCACCAGGGCUUGGUCACCAGCACCUCUGAACAGGUGAUGGAGCGGCUGUGUGUGCGGGUUCAGCAGCAGGUGUGUGUUCUCCGAGGCUCAGAGGAAGGAGAGGAACUACAGGCUGCUAGACAGGUCCUGAAGGAGGCCAGAAACUCCCGUGCACUCUACCCGUCUCUGUGUGAGCUGGCCCAUGUACUGUCUGUGGACGGUCCGGUCCGGCAGAGACUGGACUCUCUGUCUGGAGAGCUGGCCAAGGCUGCUGAUAAGGAACUGCAGGUAAUAGUGGAGUCCAUGGUGGCUCUAUGUCGGGAGCUCUGUCCCAUGUCGUCCUCGGCAGCUGAGCGACUCAACCCUCCGCUGUCCUCCGUCUCGGAGCGAGUCUCCGUCCCUCGCUCUACCAUCCGCUCCGCCCUGUUGGAGAGGGCAGCGCAGGACAUCGACAGAGCCCUGGAGGAGGUGAAGCUGUCUGUGGUCUCCUAUCUGACCAACUCCAUAGUGGAUCAGAUCCUUCAGGAGCUCUACACCACUCAUAAAACCCUGCUGCACCAGGUGUCCCAGAUAAAGCGUCUGGACGAGGCCGGUCCCGGUAGACGUAGCAUGAGACACUCCAGGAUCACGGACUCACUGGACUUCCCUGACGAAGAAGGCCUUGGCAUGAACAUUGACACCAUCGCCAUCAAAAAGCGCAGCGGCAGAACCAGAAGGAUCCGCCCAGUGUCCACCAGGUUGAGUCUUGGUGAUGAUCCCACUUCCUCCCCUCCUCCUGCUCCUUCGUCAAACUCCGCCCCCCUGUCCCGCUCUCCCUCAUUCGAGGAUCUGUCCACCCUGCCUACCCACGGUGCACCUCUGCGCCAUGUGACUCAUGUCCGGCCGCGUCCCCCGCGAAGACACAGUCGAGGACAAGUCCCUCUGGACACCCAUGGUUCAGAGAAUGGAGGAGUUAACCUGCUGGAGGAUGGACUGCCUGACUUUUACAGCAAGAGAGUUUUGCCUGACAGUCAGCUGUCAUCACUCCAUCAAGCUCAGUCCCAGGGGAGUAAGAAGAGACGCAGCGUGCUGUCGAUCUUCUCCGGCUUCCGCAGGAAUCGGAACUCCACCAUCUCCUGUCAGGAACCAGAUGGUCCAGAGAAUGUGUACUCCAUGAUUCAGCACCCUACUGAUCCUGGGAAGGUGGAGGGCAUCUCUGAGGCGGGGGCCAAUGGGAGGAUGAUGGUGUCCCCGAGACCCUGCCAAAGCGUCCCUCUGCCUGGGAUUGGGGGGGCCAGCUCCAGCCCACAGGGCCUCACACAGAGACAGCCUUCAGAGCUGGUCAGCAUGGUGUACAGUUGUAUCGGAGCCGAAGAUGAGGACUCAGACAGUAGCUUGGAGACCAGAACUGUGGACAGAGACACGGACAGACAGUCGGCAUCAGAGACCCAGGCCAAUGGAUCGCAUGCCAUCUCCUCCUCUUUGACAAACAGACCGAGAGACUGUUUGGCUGAAAAACGUACAGCUCCAGUCAGGCACGAUUCGCUGCCCAGCGCUCGGACCGAGGUGGAUGUGGGGGCAAAGAGGCCAGAGACGCUGGAGGCUCGACAGGAUAGUGGCAGCCCCUGUAGGCAGAAACCGGAUCCACCUCCUCAAAGCAACAAGCCCAGCUUGGCCAGCAUGAGACAGAGACCUCUGCAGGAAAGCUCUGAGGAUAUAGGAUGGAUGGAUAAAGACAGCGUAGCGGAGGAGAAGAAUGAAACAAAACAUGAGGAUGUGCAGAAAGAUGGAGGGGCAGAGGGGCAACGCCCCCCCAUUCCUGAAAAGCCUGGAAAAGUUAAAACCUCACCAAAGACAGCACCUACUGUCACUCCACUUACAGAAUCAGCCAAUGAGAAGAAAACCCCGCCUCCUGUCCCACCUGCCUCUGCCAAGCCCUCUUUUGAUGUGUCGGCUGCACCUGUCAGUCAAGUCGAAGGGACUGAAGGGGAAAUCAAGUCUCCUGUGCUUCCUCGGUCUACUAAGCCUGUGGUGCAAUUUUCUGAUCCUGCUACUUGUCAAGAUAACGAGGGCGGAACGAAUGGUUUCCCACUGAAGUCACAUCGCAACAGGAAAGCCAACUCCUACGACACAGGCAUGGAACGGGACAAGCACAACAAUCUGGAGAGGCCAUUCUCAGAUCGCAAACCCCCUGUGAAAAAACCCAGACUCCCCCAGAACAGAAAGAGAUCUGUGGACUUCCCCAGGACAGUCUGUCCCGGCAGUCCGGAACACCCCAACGGCAACAGUGACAUGUCGUCAUGACAACAACAGACGGGCGCCGAAGACAAUGUUCAGGGAGUAGGAGAGAGGAGAGUCACGAGAGAGAGAGAGACUGAGAGAUAGAAGGGAAGUUAGGAACGUGGUCACCUUAUACCCUGUAACUGUGCUCAUCUUCAUAUACAGUGGUUGUUUCUCUCAUAUUUACCAGACAUGCAUGUAUACUCUUAUACACAGUUGCACUUGCUUUUGUCCUUUUCCAGAGGACACACAUUCAUACACACGCACACACACACACAAACAAACACAGGUGUUUGAGAGUCCUUUUGGUAUUCUCAUUCACAGCUAUUUCUACUUUAUUGCUUGUUGUGCAAAAAAUAUAUAUUUCCUAGUCUUCCUCAUCUCUUUUAUUGACAAUCUGUAACCCUGUUACUGUAAGAAUGAGUUGGUAUUUAUUAUACAUCAGUAUUUUGUAAAUAUAGAAUGUAAGUGGACAAACUGCACUAACCCUUGUCAUUACCUUUUUAUUACAUGUUAAGAGGUAACAUUCAUGUUUAGUUUUUUACAGUAAGGUUGUGAUUAAUAUGAUUGUGUGUUUUGUCAUAUGGUUUAUUAUAAAAGCCAAGAUUGAGGACAUGAACAUGAUGUGCAUUGUUUAUCUUUAUUAUUUAUCUCUAUUAACUGGUCAGUAGAACAGGAUGGCGAUUUUAAUCUGUUUUAAUAACAUUUUACAGGACUGAAAUGAGUGGCCCUAUAUUUUCUAAAAAUGCAUAUGUGAUUAAACAAUCAAUAAA